AAAUGCGGGCUCGCUUUCGCCCCCUUCCUCUCGGCUCUCCCACCUGUCGCCCGCCUGCACAUAAAACGGCAGCGGGCACCCCUCCUCUCCUUUCCGUUUCCCUUGCCUCUCCCGCCGGCCCCCACCUCGCUCGCUCGUAACAACAGGCGCGUCACGGCAACAACACGGCGGCAGGGACGGAAAAGGAAAGCCGAGGAGAGGAGAGAAGGAGAGAAAGAGGGCGGGCGGGCGGGGAGCAGCGGCUACGGCCAAACCCUACGCGGCCCCUUGUAUCUCCUCCCACCAUCUCCCCCCUUGCCAUUUUUGCCGCGCGAGCCGUCGGCAGUGGAUCGGAGAGGAGGACGGAGGAGUUGGUUUCCGGCUGCUGCGAUUGGAGGAAGCGGGUGGUUCCAAGAUGGUACGGGGGAAGACGCAGAUGAAGCGGAUAGAGAACCCGACCAGCCGGCAGGUGACCUUCUCCAAGCGCCGCAACGGGCUGCUAAAGAAGGCCUUCGAGCUCUCCGUCCUCUGCGACGCCGAGGUUGCCCUCGUCGUCUUCUCCCCGCGCGGCAAGCUCUACGAGUUCGCCAGCGGCAGUGUGCCGAAAACAAUUGAACGUUAUAAAACAUACGCAAAGGACAAUGUCAGGAGCAAGACAGUACAUCAAGAUAUAGAGCAAGUAAAAGCUGAUGCUGAGGACCUAGCGAAGAAACUUGAAGCUCUUGAAGCUUAUAAAAGAAAACUUUUGGGUGAGAAGUUGGAAGAAUGCUCAAUUGAAGAACUGCACAGCCUGGAAGUGAAACUUGAAAAGAGCCUCCAUAGCAUCAGGGGAAGAAAGACUCAGCUGCUGGAAGCGCAAGUCAAUAAGCUGAGAGAGAAGGAGAUGACCUUGCGCAAGAGCAAUGAAGAUUUACGUGAAAAGGUAACGUGCAAGAAUCAGCCUCUGUUGUUGACUCCUGCGCCGGCAGUCAUCACCGUGGAAGAUGAUCACACGGACCAGAACGACGACGGCAUGGAUGUGGAAACGGAGCUGUAUAUAGGACUACCUGGCAGAGAGAAUCGCUCCAACAAGGCCAUAGCAGUUAGUCCGGGUCAGGCUAACCAUGCUUAAGAAACAGGCGGGGAAUAAUCUAGAUCUCUGGUGUGGAAAUGUAAGCCAAGUAAUGAAGCCCUAUUAAAUCAAUCGCAUUGUAUUUAACAGACCUGUGUUUUCCAUGGAUGCAAAUGCAACAAACAUCUGACAGAAAUACCAUGUAGUUGCUGCCGAUACCUUCGUUCAGUCGAAAUCUAAAGUAUACACCUGCU